CUCUCAGCAGACAGUUGAGUGAUUUCAGGACGAGCUAACGGUAACUUCGUCUCACUGACGUUGUGUUAAAAUAAUUAAACUUUUACGUCCAUGUUAGUCAGAUGUUAGCUGCUAGCAAUGCCACCGUUAGAUGAUGUUAUUUGAUAUGGAAACGGGACGAAGUAACGGUUUACCUGACGUUACAUACUUCUAUUCACACUCUUUCUUCUUUUUUUUUUUGUUUGACAUUUUUAAACCAACAAUGGCAGGUUUGGAAAGUGAACCUCUGUUGCUAGAAAAGUAACUUUAGCUAACAGCUAACGUUAGCUGACAGUGAACCCGGACAGUUAGCUGGUAUGUCUCCUCGGCUGGUUUCGUGGUCGACUCUGCUCCUCUGCCUGGAUCUGUUCAGACAUGAAGUCCCAGGAGCUCAGGCAGGAGCGGUCCCCAGUGCUGCGAAAACUUUGGUAUGGGGACCCGGUCUGGAGGCAAACAUGGUCCUCCCUGCUCGUUUUUUCUACAUACAGGCGGUGGACAGUUCUGGGAGAAAUUUGACGACGUCGCCUGGUGAGGAGACGUUUGAAGUGAAGAUCGUGUCUCCAGUGGAGCAGUUCACCAGGAUCUGGAUCCAAGUCCUGGAUCGUCAGGAUGGCUCCUUCCUGGUCCGCUACAGAAUGUACGCCACCUACACGGACAUUCACAUCCACAUUCUGCUCAAGAACAAGCAUGUUGCCAAGUCACCAUUCAUUCUCAAAGGCCCAGUCUAUCAUGAGGGCUGUGACUGUCCCCAGCCCAGUGGCUCUGUAUGGGAGGCCCACAUGCACUGUCCUCAGACCUUCCCCCAGAUAGACAGGGACCUGUCCCUCUAUGCUAGUGUCGACCCAGAUCGCAACGCACAGGAGAUCCCACAGCGUUUCGGGCAGAGACAAAGCCUCUGCCAUUACACCGUUAAAGACAACAAGGUCUACGUGAAAACCUUUGGUGAACAUGUUGGUUUCAGAAUCUUUAUGGAUUCCAUCCUCCUGUCACUCACCAGAAAGGUGCGGCUCCCUGAUAUAGAGUUCUUUGUUAACCUGGGUGACUGGCCGUUGGAGAAGAGGAAAGCGUCUGAGAAGAUUCAUCCCAUCUUUUCCUGGUGCGGCUCAAACAACACCAGAGACAUUGUCAUGCCCACCUACGACUUGACUGAGUCCGUCCUUGAGACCAUGGGAAGAGUAAGUCUGGACAUGAUGUCGGUGCAGGCCAACACGGGGCCAUCAUGGCCUGAGAAGAACGCCACAGCCUUCUGGAGAGGCCGAGACAGUCGACAGGAGCGCCUGGAGCUGGUCAAGCUGUCGAGGGCUCACCCCGACAUGAUCGACGCUGCUUUCACCAACUUCUUCUUCUUCAAACACGAUGAGAGCCUCUACGGGCCGCUGGUCAAACAUGUCUCUUUCUUUGACUUUUUCAAGUACAAGUACCAAAUAAACAUUGACGGCACGGUGGCGGCGUAUCGGCUGCCGUAUCUCCUGGCAGGAGACAGCGUGGUCUUAAAGCAGGACUCGAGCUACUACGAGCACUUCUACAACGAGCUCCGGCCGUGGGAGCACUACAUCCCGAUCAGGGCGGACCUCGGAGACCUGCUAGAAAAGAUCCAGUGGGCCCGUGAGCACGAUGAAGAGGUGAAGAAAAUUGCACUGGCGGGUCAGCAGUUUGCUCGCAACAAUCUUAUGGGAGACCGAAUAUUUUGUUACUACUACAAACUUUUCCAGGAGUAUGCCAAACUCCAGGUCACGGAGCCCAAGGUUCGUACAGACAUGGAGCUCGUAGAGCAACCUGCUGACGACCUGUUCCCGUGUCUCUGCCACAGGACGAGGGCGAGGGAUGAACUCUGACCGACCUGUCAUCCAGUUACAGUGCAAUCUUUAAUAUCUCAUAUACUGCCAAAUAAUUUUUGUGUGAAUGUUGAAUAAUAAUAUUAUGACAAUGAAAUGAAUUUCACAUUAUGUCAUUUUUUAAAAAUAAAUAUUUGUCUUUUUCUA